AUGACGCAUGGCCAAUUACAUAAAACGUUCAAGGUGUCGAACCAGGAUUUUAUUGUUCGUCAAGGUUUUAGACCGUUGACGGAAAUUAGUCGUGGCUCCUACGGUAUUGUUUUGUCUGCAUCUUAUUCCCAUUCUUCAGAAAAUAUUGUGAUUGCCAUUAAGAAGAUAUCUAACAUAUUUGGGUCAACUCAAUCGUCCAAGAGAGCCCUUCGAGAAUUGAAACUCUUACAAGCCUUUAAUGGCCAUAAAAAUAUCAUUAGUCUCUAUGAUAUGGAUAUUGUAUUCUACCCGACGGGAAUCCUAAAUGGUAUCUACAUAUAUGAAGAAUUGAUGGAAUGUGAUAUGGAACAGAUAAUUAAAUCAAGACAACCACUAACUGAGUACCAUUAUCAAUUUUUUAUAUACCAAAUACUUUGCGGUUUAAGAUAUAUUCAUUCAGCAGAUAUUAUCAUGAGGAACGUGAGACCAUCUAAUCUGUUGAUCAACUCAGAUUGUAAAUUAAAGAUCUGUGGGUUCAGUUUAGCACAGAAGGCAUCCAAUGGUGUGGCAAACAAUAAUCAAUUUAGUCCCGAAUAUUUAACGACAAGAUGGUACCAUGCUCCGGAAUUACUAUUAAAUCACCACAUUUACACCACCUCUAUUGAUGUUUGGUCUACUGGUUGUGUGUUGGGAGAAUUGAUUACGAAGGAACCCAUAUUCCAUGAGAAUGAUUUUGUUAAUCAAUUGAACAAGAUAUUCCAAAUAUUGGGGACUCACUCGAAGGAGGCAUUAGAUAAUAUAGGUUCCAAGACAAUUAAAAAUCAUGUGAGCCAACUGCCUUACAUUCCGAAACCACCCAUGGAAAAUAUUUUCCCUGGUGCCACAACUGAAUGCCAGGAUCUCUUAAAUAAAAUGCUAAAAUUUGACUCUGAACAACGAAUAACUGUCGAUAUGGCAUUGAGACAUCCUUAUUUUUCCAUAUGGCGUGACCUAGAUGAUGAAAGGACAUACCGUAGAGGAAUUGAUUUUAAUUUUGAAGGUUCGAAUGAAAUGAUAGUCUUGAAGAAUGAGAUAAUACAGGAAGUAACCAAUUUCAAAGAUUUUAUACGUGAAUCAUUACUACCCACUGAAGUGCGGCAUGUGGACCAACCCAUAAUUUUACGAUCUCAAGAACAAACCCAAAACGUACCAUUAAGUAAACAAAAUGAACAACAUCAGACAUGUUUUACGGAUCAAUUUCCACCAUUUGAUGGUGUUGAAUAUUUAAAUCAAGACCCCGAUUUAACAUUCGGUUUAUCUGAUAACAGUUUUAAUUACCUCAAGCGAUCGUCAUCUGAGACUGAAGUUCCUAUGAAACAGCACAGUUCGGACAAAAGUUCUUCCCCUGACAAGGACACUUCAUCCGUUUAA